UCCUGACCCUCCUUGGGAGCGGGGAUUGGUAGAAUGUUCUGAAAAGAUUUCCCACAAAGUACCCAAAGUACCCAAGUCCCUAGCUGACACGAUAAGAAGGCGGUGAGUGGCAGAAUCCUGCGGGACAUCAGAUGCGACUUCACUCUCCCCGACUUAUUCACAAUACAUGGCUUGACGAACGGACACAAUGGCGCAUCAGCGCACUGGUUCAACUAUUGACGGGCCUAAAGAACCUCAUUCUGUUUCUUUAAAGGUGCUCCGACUCUCCCGUCCCUCCCUCUCAAUCCAACAUCCACUCCCCACGCCCUCCCCCUCGCCCACCAACUCACCCGCCAUAUACCCCCCUCCAUCCGCCUCUCUUGCCUAUCCCUCUUCACAACCCGACCCCUUCAUCCUCUCUCCACUGCUCACUCUUCCUCCCGCCUUCGGCUCCGCUUAUGUGGGAGAGACAUUCUCCUGCACGCUCUGCGCAAACAAUGAAUUGCUCCCCGGGUCCACCGCACCCAAGAGCAUCACCAAUGUGCGAAUCGAAGCCGAGAUGAAGAUCCCAUCCUCACCCACCGCCAUCCCACUUAUCUUAGGACCCGAGCCCAGCGAGGGCGCGGCAUCCGAGGAAGAGGACCCGGAAAAGGGCGCGGAAAAGAGAAAAGGCGUGGAUCUAGAGCCCGGACAAUCACUCCAGAAAGUCGUGAGCUUUGAUUUGAAAGAAGAGGGGGCCCAUGUUUUGGCCGUCACGGUCACGUAUACCGAAACGACUCCCACGAGCGGGCGCGUGAGGACGUUUAGGAAAUUAUACCAAUUCGUGUGUAAAGGGUGUAUGGUCGUGCGCACGAAAUCCGGGAUCCUACCCCCGGCACCUGCUUCAUCCCUAGAAAAGAAAGAAGGGAAGAAGACGGGCAGGAAAUGGGCGCUAGAAGCACAGCUCGAGAACACGGGCGAAGAAAUCAUAACCCUAGAAAUCGUAAUCCUGGAGACGAAUGAAGGGUUCAAGAGCCAGGGGAUCAAUUGGGAAGUUCUGCGGGAAGGAGAGGAGAUGGAGAAGCCGGUGCUGAUGCCCGGAGAUGUGCAGCAGGUUUGCUUUAUUGUUGAAGAGGUUCUGGAUGAGGAGGGGAGGGGCCAGGAGCCGGUGGAUGGGAGGGUUAUCUUUGGGAUCCUGAGCUUGGCUUGGAGGGGUCCGAUGGGGAAUAGGGGGUUCUUGAGUACGGGGAGUCUGGGGGCCAGGAUUAAGUGAUCUUAACGCUAUAUGGCUUGAUAUGAGAGGAAUCAUUUCUUAGAUGGCAUGUGUCCGGGCAUCUACAGCCUGAUGCACUUCGCAUCGGACCAUUAUUAACUGGAUGAGUUGAAGAUUAACUCAAAGUACCGAUCAUGGGAGCAAAAAGUCUACUGAAAUUGAACUAUUUCACUCCCUCCUUCCCCAGGCGACUCACUAUAAUAUCUCCACAUCAUAUGAAC